AUAGACAUAACAGUCACAAGAAUUAAAAAUUGUUUAAAUUACAGACUAAGCAUCAAUUAAACGCUGCACCAUGUUAGAUGUGCCAGCCACAAAAAGCAAGUGCAGCAAAUGCCAAAAAGAAUUAGAGAUACCGGAGCAGAAGGAAGCAAUUGCGCUCUGCAGUGAUUGUGCAGCAACUAAGGAUGCCAAGACAAUAACAGAGCAGAAGUCAGAGCAGGAAAAGAAGCCCGAGGAAUCUAUGGUCAUAAAUAUGGAUAUAGAUACAGAUUUGACGACUACGGAGACUAUGAAGGAAAUGGAUGAACUGGAUAACAAUCCGGAGGACGACAUACCCCUCAAACAGCUAGCAACAGAGGCGGUCAAACAGCCAGAGAAAACAACAGAGCCUGCAGAAACGAAACCUGCUACUCCAGUAGCGAAAGUUAAGCCUGAGCCAGCAGCAAAAACUAAACCUGAACCAGUAGCAGAAACUAACGAAAAGAAGCCCAAAGUCCAGCCAACGCCACCACGUGCAACGAAAGUAACGCGCAGCAAUCUCAACGGGACACGCUCGCCCUCAAUUAUCAAGCGUUUACGCAAAAGCACGCGCAGCACACGCUUCAAGGCAAAGCUCAAUGGGCGCGGUAAUGUUGUAAAUGGCACAACCAAUGGACAAGCCGGCGCAGCAACUGGUGCUGGCGGCACUGCAAGUACAGGAAGUGCCAGCAGCAAAGGAAAAUCUGGAGCAGGCGGUGGUUUUGGUGGAGCCGCAGCAGCUGCACGCAAUCGUCGCGCGCUGUUCAAGCGUCCGGCACAGAAGACGCCACGAGUGCAGGCCUGCACCAGAUUCGUCAAGAGCGUCUUCAACAAAGGCAGCUAUAUGCAAAUUGGUGACAUUGUGAGCAUUGUGGACAGUGAACAGAAUGUUUACUAUGCACAAAUACGUGGACUAUUGGUAGAUGCAUAUUGUGAAAAGUCGGCUUUUCUCACCUGGCUUAUUCCCACGCAGGAUAGUCCCGAUCCCAAAGAAGGUUUCGAUCCAGCCACGUAUCUGAUUGGUCCCGAUGAGGAGCUCUCACGCAAGCUUUCCUUUCUGGAGUUUAUUAUGCAUGCGCCCAGCAAUUAUUAUUAUGAUAACACAACGCCAUUUCCAUUGCCAGACAUGGAUGAGUACACAUCGCAACGUGCGGCAGGCUACAUCUGGACGCGAUUGCCCACCGUGAAGCGUGAACGGGAACGCAAAGCGGCUGCCUAGCGUCGGGUUAUGCGUGUGAAACGCGCAGCUGCAGCUAAAGUAAAAUUUAAAUUAUUAAAUUAAAGCAAUCAUGUUUAAAUUAUAA